AUGGAAGUUGAAGAGAAUGGAUGUCUCCCUUUCCUGGAUGUCCUUGUCCAACGUAACCCCGACGGGACUUUGGGUCACCAGGUUUACCGCAAGCCUACCCAUACAGAUAGAUAUCUUCAUGCUAAUUCCCACCACCAUCGAUCCAAGAAAAACUCUGUGAUCAGUUCCUUGAUGUACAGAGCUCUCACCAUUUCCCAGCCCUCCAACAUCGACAGCGAAAUUGACCAUCUCGAAACUGCCCUUAGCAACAAUGAGUACAAGAUCCAACAAAUUCGAAGGAUCAAGGAUAGUCUACAGAACAAACUAUCAGCUCCCCAAGAGGAGUCUAGACCUGAGGAGAACCAAGAAAAACCAAAGUGGCCGUCCUGGCAUACCUAA